AUGCCGACGUUGACCCCUCACAUACCAGUACCACAGCCCACCUAUUCCCAGGCCAGGGAGAAUCUGGUGAAAGCUAUCCCACCCAAGCUCCUCUGUCUACUAGCCUGUGGAGGUAAAGAUUGUCGCUACGAGGGACCAGAAUGCUGGAAGUUGAACCAGCAAGUUAUUCGAGGCAUUUUCUCCUCCUGGGUAACAGAUGACAUAGUUGCCAUGGCAAGACCAUCAAGUUAUCUAAUUGAGAAGUACAACAUCAUAGAUCAGUUUCAAAGGUUAAACAUCAGGUCGAUCAUUAACAUGCAGCUCCCGGGCGAGCAUGCUCACUGUGGACCUCCUCUGGACCCUGAAAGUGGUUUCACCUACUCUCCUCAGAUCUUCAUGGACAAUGACAUUUACUUUUAUAACUUUGGGAUGCCAGAUUUUGGAGUGUCAUCUCUUGUUGGGUUAAUUGACGCAGUGAAGGUUAUUGCCUUUGCGGUGAGGGAAGGAAGAGUGGCUGUGCACUGUCAUGCAGGCCUGGGGAGGACAGGUGUCCUGAUAGCUUGCUACUUAAUCUACACCUUGCGCAUCAGCCCGAGUGAGGCCGUCCACUUUGUGCGGAUUAAACGGCCUCGCUCUAUCCAAACCCGGGCACAGAUAAGCAAAGUGUUUGAUUUUGCUCGCCUGCUUGGCACACAGCUGGUUCAAUACCCAGACCUUAGCCUGAGGCACGGAGCCCCUUUCACCCUGCAGCACUAUCUAAACCGACAAGCACUCCUACUGCACGGCAAGGAGGCUCGCAAUCUCAGACAAACACCAAAGGUGCUGUACCUCCUGUGUGUGCGUCUCUCCUGCUUGGCUCUGGGUCUCCCUUCACCUCCAGAGGUCUAUGCUGAACUGGACAAGAGGUCCGCACUUAGGGUCCUGAGCAGCACUGUGAGAGAGACUCUGGUGUCCAAGCAGUACUUGCCCUUGCUGAGAGAAGGUCAUAGAAGCUCGUGGGCAGGUUCGGGGUCAAUGUCCUCAUGGGACGACCCGUUAGGAUUCUUGGAGAGGAAGAGGGAGGUACUGAUGGACAAACGCAGCUACAGUGACUCUGAUCUCAGCAAGAUCACGGUAAAUGAGGGAUCGGAGCUGAAUCCAUACUGCACCACAGCUCUUGGAGAUGAGAAACACUGGUGUUUGCCAGAACGUAUGCGAGCUGAUCUCAGACCAGUUAGUCCGGUUUUUGGUGGGCUUUCAUCAGGCUACCAAACCACCAAAAAGGAAACUCAUAUACUCAAUAUUCCAGUGUCCAGCAUGAGAACAAACAGCAGCUGUGCUAAGCAAUCAAAGUGCAAGGCUAAAAAGGCUCUACCCAAAUAUAGCUCCAAUGUGGAGCUGUGCAGAAAUCCACAUAACCUAGGCCCAACCUCGACGGCUCGUCCUGUAGCUAAAGCAAUGGCAGAGCAGGGUCCUCCAGGAGAAACAGUUCUGCAAAGGUCGGCUCUGCUGCAGGAGGAACUGAACAGUAGUGAGUGUGGCUGGGCUCUGCUGGUCACUGAAUCAGAUCCUCAUGUUCUCUGCUGUCUCUUGUGGACCUGGCUGGAGAAGCUCAGGGAACCUGUCCUGAGUGCCGAGGACAUAGAAAGACUGAGUAUUAGAGCAAGCAACAGGAAUCCUCUCAGUGUGCUCAAGAAACCACAGAGACACACCAUUUACUGUGUGCUGAGCUGCGUGAGCACAGUCACCAGCCUGUGUCCACACAGAGAGGAGGCAGUGCUUCACCGACUGAUACGGGCACUUACGAGGCGCUCCCAAGAGGAAAUGGAAAGCCUUGCACCUCUAAUGAAAGUCAUGAAAGCCACUUUGAGAGAAACCUUCCACAACUACAGAUACUUCACUAGAGCCUGCAGCACCAAUGCUACACUUUGAAGACCGGAGUUUAUACAGAAACAAAAACUGAUACUGCAUGUUGUUGUUGGGGGGGUUGGGGGUGGGGUUCCCACAGAGACAUUUUGACAAAUCAGAGUAGAAAAAUCCGAGGUGCAAGCCCUUAAAUAAAUGAUGGCUUAAAUCUGUCUAAUUACUUUAGUUGUAGGAUUCUGUAAGGGUUUGCCAUCACACUGAGAUGGCUUAAAUGGCCAGCAAUUAAGUUACACUUGUUUUCCUAAUUCCAAAUAUGAUAAUAUAGAGCACCCACUGUGUAGAAUUAGCAGAAUAUGACAUAUAAAGACCAAUCUCCCCUUCAUGUCUCAUCUUUAUCUUCCCUUUUUAAAAAUAUCACUAUUUCACAAUAAAUGUGGGCCUAACAAAAUUGCUAAUAACCCAUACUAAUUUAGAUGUAAGAAAUAAAGUGUCAGCUACACAGUCUAACAAGAACUAUUACCUGCUCUACUCUUUCAGUCUAAGCUGUGUUAAUGUGUUUCAAUUUCAACUGCCCCCUCUGGCACUAAAAUAUUUUGUUUGUGAUGUGUCCUGCUUAUACUGUUACACACUUCACAGGGGGCAAUGAAAAUGUGCCAAUGCCUAUAAAUUAAGCCUAAGAUAUUUCCAGUAGAGGGCAUUAAGAUUAAGUCAUAUAUUUGUUUGUUUCAGUGGAUUAAGAUGAUUUGAAGUAUUUUAAACAGUUACCAGGCAAAGAGUAACAACUACAUCUGUGCCAUGGACCAGUCCUCCAUAGAGUGCUAGAAAAGUGGUUAAACUUGAAAUAAAGUUAGAAUUAAAAAAACCAAACAUUUAAUCA